AUGUUCCAUACUAGAUGUAUAUGUAAAGGUGGUAUCAUGUUCCUCACUAGAUGUAUAUGUAAAGGUGGUAUCAUGUUCCUCACUAGAUGUAUAUGUAAAGGUGGUAUCAUGUUCCACACUAGAUGUAUAUAUAAAGGUGGUAUCAUGUUCCUCACUAGAUGUAUAUGUAAAGGUGGUAUCAUGUUCCACACUAGAUGUAUAUAUAAAGGUGGUAUCAUGUUCCACACUAGAUGUAUAUGUAAAGGUGGUAUCAUGUUCCACACUAGAUGUAUAUAUAAAGGUGGUAUCAUGUUCCACACUAGAUGUAUAUGUAAAGGUGGUAUCUUGUUCCACACUAGAUGUAUAUGUAAAGGUGGUAUCAUGUUCCACACUAGAUGUAUCUAUUUAGGUGGUAUCAUGUUCCACACUAGAUGUAUAUAUAAAGGUGGUAUCAUAUUCCAAACUAGAUGUAUAUAUUGUAUAUAUAAAGAUGGUAUCAUGUUUUUGUCAUACUCUACACAAGAUGAUAAUGGCAUCACAACAAAAUGUUCCUUUUACAAAAAAAAUGUUUCCUGA